UUAAUUCAGGGAUUAAAUCCAGGAUCACAUACUUUAGAGACCCGAGCUCAUUUCACUCGCACCAACAUUGGUCAAUCAUCUCUUAAGUAUUUGUUUGUUUUCAUAGGUUGAAAACAUUUUUUUAAGGAAAGAAGAUAUAGUACUGUUUCAUUGAUUAAAGAAUGAUACAUGAUUAUAUAUAACAAAUAAUGGCAUGAUUGGCAUCUUCUGGUUCCUCAUUUUCUUCUCUUUCCAUGAUUCCAUUUCCCUCUUAUAUCCAUUUUGUAGAUAUAGCAAUGGCAUCAUAAAGUAGGUGGGAGUUGACACAACCAAUAAAAUCUUGAGGAUGGGUGGCCAUGUUGUUGCUGACACAUGAAAGGAACAGAAGAGGAAAUUCCCAGGGAAAUUUCAAUGAGAGAGAAAGACAAGCACCGACUUUGACAAUUAUAUGGCUUUGGUUUCUUCAAUCAUCUAUUCAUUCUAUUGUCUUCUGUUCCAGGAAUCACAGGGUUGGUGCAGAGAGUAGAAAAUAGAAGAUUUUGGAAUGUCCUAUUUAUUGAUAGAAUUAAAUAUAGGAGUUCAAAACAGGUUAGUUAUAAGAAAGGAACUAGAGGCCUAAUUCUAGCUUAUACCUUUCCUGUUUUAGCGCAUGUUUGGAAACCCUUCUAUAAUUGAUUCCGAAGGCAGGAUCAAUUAUGGUGAGAAGCUUCUGUGAUUAGCUUCUAGGUUCCAAAAUUGAUUUUUAAUGCAAUAAAUGAGCUUUAUUACACUGCAGUUGACUGCUUCUGAGGAGAAUGGUUUCAAGUACUUCUAGUUUCUUGCCGUAGGAGGCUUGUAGGUGUUUGAUUAUAUGCCCAAUUGAACUUGUCAUAGAGAAGAGGGUUAGGAGAUAUAGAAUUCUAGAGGAUAAAGCAAAAAAAAAACAUAUGGAGGAAAUAACUUCGGCGGUUGCAGUGCCAGUUACACUUGGGAAUUUAAUCCAGAAGGAGACAGUGGAGCUAACUGGUUUAAAGCUCAUGGCAAAUACUGCAGCAGCUUUAAUAUUAAAUCCUGCAACUGAGGGUUCUCAAUCCUUCUCUGUUGCUUGUGAAGACGACAUAAGGGUCAGUCCACAACAUCCAAUCACAGUAUCUGCAGAGUUCAAGGAGAUUCAGAUUGGAGCUGACCUUGUCUCAGAAAUGGUUAUUGAAGGCCAAAGUAAUAAGCAUCAUGCUGAAAGCCAUAACCAGGCAAUAAAUGAAGAUGAAUCUGUUGUUAGUGAGAAAAGCAGUACUUGUAGGGAGGAAUCUACUAUUUUAAGGACUAAUUGUUAUGAAAUGAGUUCACCAAAUACCAUCAAGGUUGAUGAUAAAAUCCAUGGUGAGUCUAGUUUGGCCGAGACGCGUGCAGAGCUAGAGCCAGUGCAGAACUUGGUUUCUGUGGCUGUGGAGCUUGAUACUGAAGAUGGAAGUGGGUCAGAUGGGUCUGAUCCAAAACCAUUUGUUGCAGUUCAUGGGAUGCCAGAGAAGCAACCUUGCAGAACAAGCUGCCAGAAUGCAUUGGAAUUGAGUGGCACUCCUCUUUGGGGGUUUUCAUCAGUGUGUGGAAGGAGACAGGAGAUGGAAGAUGCUGUUGCUGUUAAGCCUCAAAUUUUUGAAGUCCCUUCAUGGAUGCUAAUGGAUAAACAUGUGAAUGAAACCGACGAAUACACAUCACUGGCACACUUUUUCGGCGUCUAUGAUGGACAUGGGGGCUCUCAGGUUGCCAAUUACUGCCAGGAACAUCUCCAUUCAGUGUUGAUUGAGGAGAUAAAAGCUGCAGAAUCAAGUUUGGCUGAAGAAAAUGGGAGAGAUAACUUGCAAGAGCAAUGGAACAAAGCAUUCUCAAAUUGCUUCCACAAAGUAGAUGAUGAGAUUGGACGAGUUCAUUCAGGUAAUGGUGGAAGGAACAUUGAUGAUGGAUCUGAGUCAAGCAUGGAAGAGCCUCUUACUCCUGAGACUGUUGGAUCCACUGCAGUGGUUGCCAUUUUGACUCAAACCCACAUAAUAGUUGCAAAUUGUGGCGACUCAAGAGCAGUCUUGCGUCGCGGAAAGGAAGCGCUGCCAUUGUCUACUGAUCACAAACCAAAUCGAGAAGACGAGUGGGCAAGGAUAGAAGCUGCAGGAGGAAGGAUCAUACAAUGGAAUGGGUACCGAGUUCUGGGUGUUUUAGCCGUGUCAAGGUCCAUAGGUGAUAGAUACUUGAAACCGUGGAUAAUUCCAGACCCAGAAGUCAAGUGCCUCCUUCGGGAGAAAAACGAUGAGUGCCUUAUUCUGGCAAGUGAUGGUUUAUGGGAUGUCAUGACAAAUGAAGAGGCCUGUGACAUGGCACGGAAGAGAAUCCUUCUUUGGCAUAAGAAGAAUGGCGAUAACAUGUCAAGAGAACAAGGCCAAGGAGUUGAUCCUGCAGCUCAGUCUGCUGCAGAUUAUUUAUCUAGACUUGCCAUUCAAAGGGGAAGCAAAGAUAAUAUCUCUGUUAUUGUUAUAGAUUUGAAGGCUCAAAGACAAUUCAAGAGAAAAGCAUAAAGUAGAUACACCAUCAUCUGGAAUAUUUACAGAUGUACUAUUGUUUUACAUGUAUUUUUUUCAGUCAGUAGCAUAUUUUAGCCCCUUCAGUUUUACACCAGGGGAUAAGUUAUGUAUAUUCAAAUUUGCAGUGUACAGAGAUACCUCAAUUUAAGAUGAGUUAUCACUGUGAUAGCUGCACAAAUCAGAAAUUUGUAUUAUUUGUUUAA